AAACCCAUAAAUUAGUUUCACGGGCCGUGCAUAGAUGGCGCUGUCAUCAAAAAGUAAAAUUUUCAUUAGGAGCGAACUUCGCGUCGAACUUAUUGAUUUUCCUCUCCCUACUGACUUCGCAUUCUUCUUUCAUUUCCUCGCAAGCUCUCCGGUAUAACUUUACACUAAAUAUCUCAGUAAAUGUAGUUAAACGUAAUUCUAAACAUUUUCUUAGUUAUGAUUUGACGAAUGAAGUGUCCUUUUAUUUAGUGUUUUUUUGUUAGUGGGGAUUUUAUUAUGUUAGUGAUGGGAGAUUUGGGAGCAGUGGUGAUGGUGGCCAGAUAAAGGGAUAUGCCGAAACGCAUCCCGUUCCACGUCGUGUACGCAACAAGUGAGGACAGCUCGUACCCAGCAUGCGAGCUGAACUCGCAAGGCCCGGCGGCGCGCGGCUGGCGCUCCGCCGGCGGCCCGCCACACGAGCUACUGUUGCGGCUCACGAGCGUCGCCAGCGUACACAAGCUCCAGCUCCUGGCCCACCACCAGCUAAUCCCAUCAAGCGUGGAGGUCCUCGUAUCUGGCGGCCUGGUGUCCGAGGGCGCUGCUACGCCCUGUGGAGCCACCUACACCAGCGUGGGCCGCGUCACCCUCGCCAGGCCCGCGCUAGAGGCCAGGACCAGGGAGCUCAGGUCGGCAGCUCUUCCAGAACCUACCAUCGCACGAUUCGUGAAACUGAAACUAUCUGGCCCGCAUCCACCAGCAAACGAUAACGACCAGGUAGCACUAAUGGCAGUGAACGUGCUGGGCGAGGAGGUGGAGGACCUGGAGAAGUCGCCCGUGUCCAACAAGGAGCUGUGCUAUUCGCCCUACGACGACCUGGCCUUCGUCAUGUAUGUCGACACCGAGAUCGCCGACCUGGUCAGGAGCUUGGAUGAGAAGAAACGGAUUGCAGUGUGUGAAGAGCGAUUUGAGUACGCUCGGCGCCUGAAGUCAGCAGGGUCAGCGCUGGCGGCGGCGGGCAUCAGGAUCGGGCGGUGGCGGCUGCGCAAGCGCACUGCGGCGGCGCGCGACGACUUCGAGCUGGCGCGCCGCAUGCGGGACCGCAUCGCGGACGCGCUCGCCGGGAUCAAGGACGAUCCGGCGCUCAUGAGGCUGUUUGAGGAGGAAGGGCCGGACACCCGCAACGACUCAUCAAUGGCGCAAGAGUACGAUUUCUCCCACCACCUGUCUCCGUCCGUGGCCGCCGGCGCGCUGAGCCUCGACAUCCCGUCGCCCGUGCCGCCCAUCGACGAGCCUGACUGCCAGGAAGAUGUUGUGCCUCACAUACUCAAAAAUAGCGUUGUGUUUCAGUCCCCAAUCCAACAAUUGCACGAAGAAGCUCAACCAGAACCCCAGCUCUUCCAAAUUGAACAACCAACGCAGCAACAAUACCAGCAACCAUUACUACAAACUACCCAACAUGAGAAAAUGAAAGAAGAAGCACAAAGAAGGGAUGAUUUUGAACAGAAAGAAGAAAUGCAAAGAAUGGAAGAGCUUCAGAGACGAGAAGAGGUACAGAGGAGAGAAGAAGUCCAGAGGAGAGAAGAAGCCCUGAGGAGAGAUGAUUUUCAGAGGAGAGAAGAGACCCAGAGGAGAGAUGAGAUCCAGAGGAGAGAAGAGACUCAGAGGAGAGAAGAGAUUCAGAGGAGAGAAGAGACUCAGAGGAGAGAUGAGGUCCUAAGGAGAGAAGAAAUCCAGAGGAGGGAAGAAGAAGAGUUGAGGAAAGAGACCGAUAGUCCUAGAAGGAGCAUCACGCCUAACGCUGCCAAUGGCACUUUGGUCCGGCGGAGGAAUAAAAGCGCGGGGCCUAGAUCUACCUUUGAAGCGUAUGAAGAAAGACUGCUUCCAGCAUUGAGACAUUCUCACACGAACGAGUACCUUCGGGAGGCGCGCGAGGAGGAGUGCAGCGGCGGCGGCAGCGCCUCCUCCCACCCCCGGCCACCUCACAAGCUCAACGAGCGGGAACGCAAGCAGGCUGCCCUGCCCAUACUCAUCUUCGGCUAUCCUAUUGUGGAGAAAUUCUAUUCGAAAAAUUACCUGGAUAAGGAGGAAGGCCUGGCAAGAUUGCGCGCCGAGCUGACAUCUCCAUCCAACGGCAGCACAAAGACCUCACCCAACAAGACGGCGCGAGCGGCGGCACUGCUGUUGCAGCGGGCCCUCAGGGACAAGGUGUUCUCCGUGUACAGCCAGGCCAACGAGGUGCUCAAGACGCUGUUCCAAGAGUUCGUGCCGGGCAGGGUGUGCGCCGCUGAAGUGGGCCGAUGUCUGGAGAAGCUGCUGCCAGAAUUACUCCGAGCUUGCGGGGACCCGGCGCCCAGGGUCCACUCCACCGCGCAACACACCGUGCUCACUGUCGCUGACUGCCCGCAAGUCAGGGCCCUGCACAUAAUCCCGCAACAGCUGGUGCGCGCGGUGCCCGCAUCCAUGCACCCCCGCCUGGCGCUCUCCCGCUUGCAGAUGCUGGAGCAACUCAUACUCAGCCACGGCAUCUCUACUGAUAAGAAUAGCGGGCUGACGGUCCGGCGGCUGGCCGAGUGCGGCGCGGCGGGCGCGCAGCACGCGGCGGGCUCCGUGCGCGCCGCGGCGGAGCGCAUCCUCCUCGCCGCCUACGCGCGCUCACCGAGAGUAGUCAGGGCUCAACUGCCGCCCGACGAUGCUGUGACGCGCCGAAACCUUAUCUAUAGACAUCUGUUCCAGCAGUUCGACAGGAUUGACAUGCAGAAAAUUUUAAACCAAGCGCCUUCAGAAGAACAGCUCCUGAAUGGCGACCAAUCAGCAUCUCACUCCGCCGCAGAAACCGCGAGCGUCGCCCAAUCCACGCGCAGCGGCACCACCAGCGGCAUAACCUCGUCGUUCGGGAUGACGUCAUCCAUCGGGGCCACCUCCUCCUACAGCCUCAAGUCUAUGGCCUCCAGCAUCAGUGGAGCUACACUAGCACCAUCCAGCUUAAGCGGAAGUUAUACAACCUCCAAGUCGAAAAGCAGUCUUAAAAAAUCUCCUACGAAGAGGUAUACUCCGAGCAGGGCUGUUAAGGAUUUCGCAAACUAUCCUUGUUAUAAUAAACUGAGGUUGGACAGUGCUGUGAGUCCGAAACAUUCUCCGAGGUCCAAUGCUGCUGAGAAGGUUCAUUUCCAGGACAAGGAAGAGGAGCCAACAGUGGUGUACCGGCGCACGAACCGCAACACAGAAAACCGCCACUCCAUGAUCCACUACGAUCACGACAACUCCAAGCCACAGCUCAAAGAGCGACCUAUCACCGUGUACGAACCUCUGCACUUGGAAUACAGAGACUCUCCGUCUUUAGGUUCACCUAAAACAUCCAGAAUGGACGUUCGAAGUAUGGACUCUCUGCCUAUGGAUUCACCACAAAUGUCCAGAAUAGAUUUGAGAUGUGAUUCUGAUAGCAGGAGCUUGGAUUCUCCUAAAGUGAAGGCGGAUUAUUAUAGGGAGGCGGUGCUGGAAUCUCCUAAGCUAGUAGCUGGGCUAAGGAACUUACAACUGGAUGACAGUCAGAUGGAUGAGAGCGGUUACUACAGCCCUGGGCGGCGGCAGCAGGCCGUGAGCGAGACGCACUUCGAGUCGUACGAGCGCGGCGCGGGGGACGUCAGCAGCGACACCACGCCCGAGCCGGUCUGCAAUACGACCUGCACUUGGUGCGGGCGUCGCGUGCGCGCUGACGGGCUUGAAGCGCACUACUGGCGGCGCUGCGUGCUGCUGGCGCGCUGCCCCAGCUGUCGCGUGGCCUUGGAGGCGCGGGUGCUGCACCUACACUUGCUGGAAGAGUGCUCAAUGGGCGAGGGUUCGUGGAAGGCGUGCGCGAAAUGCGGUGCCGCGCUAGCAGUGGGCGAUCCAGAAUACCACAACUGCAUACCAUUAGGCAUGGACGAGUGGAAGUGUCCGUACUGCCUGACGAACGUGCUGGCGCGCGACCUGCCCUGGCAGCGCCAUCUCAUGCAGUGCCCUAGAAACCCACGGCUCAGCAAAACCUCGUAACGUAAGAAAUAGAUCUAAUCUGAGAUUGUUUUGUUUUCAGUGAAGUCAAUUUUCAUAAUGAUAAUGCAUAGAAGGCCUUAUUGAGAGUAACGCACACAUUCAAAGUGGGUAUGUUAGAGGCAAAUAAAGCCUAUGAUUGGAUAUUACAUCUUUGUAUGAAUUUAAGGCUGUCCAUUGACUGUCCAUUGUUUUUCACAAAGUUUGGAAUAAAUACUCAUUUAGACUUUAAAAAGAUCUCAGUAGAUAUUAGAUAGUUAUAACUAAUUUAAUUAGAUAAUUUCUCUUAAAAUCAUGAAAUGAUAUGCGACUAGUUGACCGGCCAAAUUUGAACUUUAACUUCUAAUACGUAAAGUCCAUUUUGAAAUGAUUAAAAUAUGAAUUUAAAGGUAUAGGUAAUAGACGACAAGUUAUAACAAAUAUAUAACAGAAAACUUACAUAAUUCUUGGUAGAACUUCAUAAUUAAACUUUUUUUAGAAAUAAAUAUGCGAUGAAAGGGUAAAUAGUCAUUUUUUCAGGGUUAAUAGCAAGCAUAUAUCGGACAGUUUUAAAUAUGUUUUAUCUCAAAAUUAUUUAGUAUAUGAAAUUUAAGGCACUGCUUUCCUCCACUGCUACCGUCCAAAAUUCUAGAAUCCGUCUUACAAAUGCUCAGUUACGCUUGUACUUUAGUUUUAAAAUUAAACAAACUCUACCUACUUAUAUUUAACUUACAAAUAUGCACUAUUUAUGUUUAGAACUUGGCCAUAACUAUAUGCACAUUUUAGUUAAACGUUAAUCUAUUGUUAACAAAAAGUUUUUUAAACUUAGUUACAUUGUUGUUAUUAAUUUUAUGACAGUUUGUUUUCGUUAUGUAACGUGUUACUUACAAUAUUACCAUAGGGUAGAGACUAAUUUGUUCAUUUAUUGAAGUUAGUAUUUUUCAUUAGAUGUCACAAAGAGUCAUUAGUUAAUCGUAUGUACUUCAUUUAUUUCAUCAACCAGCAGUGAAUUUGGCAAAAUUUCGCUAGAAAUUAGUCGUUUAUGGUUUAGAGUAGCAAUCAAAACUUCUGUUUUCUUUUUUGCAUAGAAUGAUAUUCAGAAAUACGUUCUAUAUCAUAUAAGGCCACGGAAUGCCCUACAAUGUUGUAGAUCACAAAACAAUAGCUACCAAACUGCGCGAACUAGUUGUAGAAUAGUUUUAAUGUAAUCGUAGUUAAAGUUAACUAGCGUAGCCACAUCACCCACUGUGAUAGGGUCGAGUUUUCGUUAAAUCAGGAAUAAAGCGCGGGACUUCGUUGACGGUUUAGAUUUUAACUUAAAUUUAAGACUCAUAGAACUAUUAAUCACUCCACUUCAGUUUCUUGGUAUAUUUUCGCACAUUUGGAACUGUCAGCAUUUGUAUAUUCCAUAUUAUCUCAGUAUGUGUACACAGACUAUUUAACCCCUGGAUUCUGCAUGGUCUAAAUUAGG